CGCGAGACGCCCAUGGCCCAUCCCAUCGCCACUACUACACUCGCUCGCUCGUGAUCGUGAAGCGUCUCGUCUCCCACACCGAUCCAUCACCCGUCCCCGCCUCCGCCACCGGCCAUGUCGUCACCGUCGGUGCCCAGCCUCCGCCUCCCGCUCCGCCCGUCGCCUCUCCCCUGCCGUGCCUCUGCCGCGGGCUCCUCCCUGGCGCUCGCGCCGUCGUCCCGCGCCGCGCUCCUCAUAAAACUCCUCGCGUCCAGGUCGCCCGCGUCGUACCACCAGCGGCGCUGGCAUGGUCCGCCCGCGAUUGCCGCGACCACCACCACCUCCAAGCCGGUCCUCAAGGACCCUAAGAAGUUCCAGGAGUGGGACUACAUGACGGCCAAGUUCGCCGGCGCCGCCAACGUCCCCUUCCUCCUUCUCCAGCUCCCGCAAAUCUUCCUCAACGCCCGCAACCUCCUCGCCGGCAACAAAACCGCCCUCUUCGCCGUCCCAUGGGUCGGAUGCUCACUGGGCUGCUCUGAAACCUCUCUCUGUUGUCCUAUUUCGCCAAGAAGAAGGGGGCAGAUGCUGUCAUCGUGCAGACUCUGGGCGUCAUCUCCACCUAUGCUGCCCUCGUCCAGCUUGCCAUGGCAGAGUCCAUGCCGGUGCCGCAGUUUGUGGCCACUUCGGUCGUCGUGGCCGCCGGCCUGCUCCUGAACUUCCUCAAUUACUUUGGUUGGCUCCCUGAAACCCUCUGGCUGCUGUGGGAGGAUUUCAUCACAGUCGGUGGCGUUGCCGUGCUCCCUCAAGUGACAAUGACUGUCUUGCUGUGCCAUCUUACAGAUUGAGCUGGUGCUGCUGUGCUGUACAGUGUUGAUGUCAAAUGUGCUUUUGGCUAUCUCUGAGUGAUGAAUUGAAAAUGCGGGUCAUGUGGUCAACAUUUGUUCCCUUCAUCCCCAAUUGCAUAGUGCCUGGCAUAAUCUCUGGUUCUUUGGCUGUUGCAGCUGUUGCGAUGCUACGAGACAUUCUCUUGCAUUAAGCAGUGUCUUUUACAAAGUUAUCUUUUUAUUAACUCUGAUACCACCUGAAUGCCUUAAGGAGAAAUGGAAAACUAGAAAAAGUAAAAGUUCUAAUUUCUGUAUGACUAAGAGGUGCUUGAAGAAAUCUUUUAUUAUUUGCAUUGUUCCCAAUUAGCUGACCAUGCUUGAUUUCAGGUUUUAAAGUGGCCUGCAUAUUUAAGAGAAACUUUAUUCUAAGUAGUUGUGUGAACAAUAAUAAAGUUUAGUAACUCAAGUUCCACAAUAGGAUGGUAUACUUAUUUGAGUGUCUCGGUAGGUUUAAGUCCAUGUUCAGUUGGAUUUAAUUAUACAUAGCAUGUUUCUUUAUUUAGGGUUUCAGUCGGAUUGUUUGAUUUGCCCACAUCAAAAGUAGCUUUGGUUGCUUCAUAAGAAAACUUGUUCAAUAAGAUGUGCAAUGCUCCAAAACAUUCUGGAUAUAAGAACACAAAAAUUUGUUUAUUCAAUAAGAUAUGCAAUGCUCCAAUACUUUUAUUUUGUGGCGUUCUUACCAACUGAUCAAGCUAGGACUAAAAGUAGGUUGUAUUCGCAUCGCAUGAUGUUCUCUUUUAAUGUCUUCCUUUCUUGUUAGCUCUUGAUUAUUUUUUCCCUUUUGGUUUCAGGCAAGGAUGGACAAGUUUUCUGAGGGAGGGGUUAAGUUUGUUGGGUCAUUGUCUGGUUGGACAGCCACACUUCUCUUCAUGUGGAUGCCAGUGGCGCAGAUGGAUUUACUCUCUGUAGAGAUCACCCUUGACUUCUUUGAAGGAGCUGGUUUUUGGAAAGUGAUAAGCCGUCGGCAACUUCAUAUCUCAUGCACUUGAAGCAGCUAACUAUUCCCGGGUAGGAAGCUCUCCUACAAUAAUUCCUGGUGACUGUCAAGAACGGUGGUACAGUUACUCUCCUUUUUUGUUCUAAAGAACGGUGGUUCAGUCCUGGCAUUGAGGUGAAACACAUUGGUCAGCGUGCAGAAAUAAGUUGCCAUGGCCGCGGUGAAAUACUGAGGUAGAAGUUCCCACUUUCCCAGCCUGCAGAAAGCACCAUGUGCCUCAACAGAAGCUACCGCGUGACCAGCUUGUACAUCCGGCAGGAAGGGUACAGUAGCAAGCUGACUGCUCUCUAGUCUCUAGUAGAUGCAAGAAAAAAUAAAUAAUGUCCUUGAAUAAGAUUUCAGUUCUUGCUGGCGUGCGAACGUGCAACCUCUGCCUAUUGCUGAUUUCCUUUUCCCCCAACGGCUGCAGUCAGUCUGGGUCCAAUUAUUAUUGUUUGGACAGAUGAUGUUAUAUUUAGUUUUUUAAAGAUGUAUCUCUAUUAUAUAAAACAUGAUUUGUUUACCACAUAACCUCUUCAUAUACUUUUCUCCUAUUUAAUAAAAAUCUCUAAAAUUCAAAUAAUAUAUUUACUUUUGUCAUCCAUCCUUACCCUCCAGUUUCAUGUUACGGACUAUAGAUAUAAAAUCUGUUUUACUAAUAAAAAUAAAAAAAUAGGAAGAAAAUUCAAAGAUAUAUUUUUUUACUUUUUCGGAUCACAUCUGAAAUCAAAAUAAUUGCUCCUAACGCAUUCGUUUG